AUGUCAUCAGCGGUUUCUCCUCAGAUAUCAUUGGUUUCAUAUCUCGUUGACGAUAAAUCUCCUCUGAUCAACUAUGAUAAUACGUGGGCUCCGGGGACCUCUGCAGAUAGUUUAGCAGACCAAUACUUUCGUGGGACGUUCACAACGUCGAACGUAACAGGGAGUGUCGCCAAGUUCUCCUUCAACGGCACGGCCUUCUGGAUAUACGGUGCUAAGAGAGGAAAUCAUGGUACAUACACCGUGACGGUUGACAAUUCAAAUUUCGCGGGAAACACUGGCCAGUCCAAUACCGCCUUGUUUCAACAAGUGCUCUUCAACCAGAGUGGCUUGUCGCAAGGCUUGCACACAGUAUCACUUACGAACACUGCAACUGGGAGCCUCUACGUUGACAUCGACAUGGUAGUCUGGCAGACCGAAUUUAACGGGACUCAGUUACUAUCGGAGACGGUCGACGACGCAGACGCCAGAUUCCAGUACCAGGAGCCAGCGUGGAAUACGAACCCUACUUACGUGAACCUGUUCAAUAAUGGGACCGGGCACUCCACAAGUGUCAGUGAUGCCAGUGUAACUUUUACGUUCACAGGCAUGUCAUCAUUGUCAUGCCCUAGCAACGGUUUUUAUUCUGUUUCUCUCGAUUCCGGACAAGCCACCCAGUAUAACGCCACCGCAUAUGUGCCUUGCUAUGAAGUUAUGCUUUAUCAUGCAGACAACCUUGGUUCCGGUCAGCAUCAGCUGACCCUCGUCAAUCUUCCUCAAACAAGCGGACAAACACUCAACAUAGACUAUGCAGUGCUCACAUCAUCGUCAAGUUCCAAUUCCUCCAGUUCGUCAGGAAGUGGCCUGCCCGGUUCAACGUCAGGAACUUCACCUUCAAGCGUAAAUGCGGCUUCAACUUCAACAAGUCUAGGCUCAGGAGCUAUUGCUGGCAUCGUCGUAGCUAUCGGCGUGGCUCUCUGCGCAUCGGCAGCUGCGUUCUUCUUUUAUCGGCGGUUCAAAUCGGCUCAGGCAGCGUCGCAAGACUUGUACCGGAUUCGUACGCCUCAACAUUCCCCAGGCAACGCCAACAUGGGCGCUUCGUCCUCGGUGGAUACAAGAAGUAAUGCUAGCCUUAUCAGACCAGACACCUCGUCCCAAGGCACUUCAUGGCGGUCUUAUCAACAGGCAGAAUAUGAUUCUCAGGUUUCACCUCGUAAUGGAAAUGGACGACAUGUCCCUAGUUCUAGUAUGCCCACUGUGGACGAAGUCAUUAUAAGCUCGUCAACACAGUCCCCGGUUGAUGAGAUAGGAACUUCCCGUCGCCCUCUACCUGCAGCUCCAGGUACUCAACAAAAUAUAUUUCAGCUGCCAGUGCCCAAUGAAUCAUUGGGCAUCUCAAAAGCCACACCAGUGCAGCGUCGCGCAUCCGCACAAAGCGGUUCUGCAACCAUUGGGGACAUCCCGCCCCCUCCUGAUUACAUGCAAGCUACCCGGUGA